UGUUCCUCAGCUGAUCGGAAGUGAAAUCGAUAGCUGCUUGUUUUCCUAAAUCUAUAACGGUGAGCGAUGGCUGAUGCCAUAGCAGAUACAAGAAGGCUGUAUACCAAACCACAAAAUCUGAACGAUGCGUACGGGCCUCCGAAUAACUUUCUCGAGAUUGAUGUGUCCAACCCCGAGACUGUUGGCGUCGGUCGGAACAGGUUUACGACAUAUGAGAUCAGAUUGAAGACAAACCUCCCUAUCUUCAAGCUGAAGGAGUCCCGUGUCCGAAGGAGAUACAGCGACUUUGAGUGGCUGAGAGGAGAACUCGAGAGGGAGAGCAAGGUGGUCGUGCCCCCCCUUCCUGGAAAGGCUUUGAUCAGGCAGCUCCCAUUCCGUGGGGACGACGGUAUAUUUGACGACUCUUUUAUUGAGGAACGGCGGCAAGGCCUGGAGCAGUUCCUCAACAAAGUGGCUGGUCAUCCAUUGGCCCAAAAUGAGCGCUGUCUGCACAUGUUCCUACAGGAUGAAUCUGUGGAUAAAAACUACACCCCUUCCAAAGUUAGACAAGCCUAAACCAGUCUGGACUCACACUUUAAAAAUCCCGGCACACAAGCAAUAAGAGAGAUUUGAAUCAUUCGUAACUGGAAAAGAAUCUUAGCAUGAACCAUAGGGCAUCCAAAACAAUUACCCUGAGCACAACAGAUCUUAAACAAAAAGAAAACAAAUGUGAUUUUGACAACAAACUCUUGAAUUAGUCAUGUCACUCUUAAUCUGUCCUCUCUGUUUAUAAAUCUUUUCGGCCUUUUUGCUUUGAGUUAUAAAACCAUAACGUGAAUUAUUAGUCAAUAAUACUAUAAGUCUGAUCACACAUGUUCUUGUGUGUAAUUAAUUGUGACUAAAAAUUAUUUAUGAUAGUUUUGUCUAAGAGCACCACUUUGAUAUUUUUAUUGCAGGAUUUGAAAAACAAAAAUCAAAACAAACCAAAUAGUUAUAUCACAAUGACACAAGCAUUAUCUUACUCACACUGACGUACCUGUGUUUUUGCUACUACCUUCUUGUGUCGCUUUUAAUGCUGAAGAACACAUACCGCAGCCUCACAGCCAAAGUGCAGGAUUAACUUAACUGGGAACCUCCUUGAAAUGUGGUGGUUGUUUGUAUGCUGUGUGUCCCAGUUAGUUGCAGACAAGCCUGUUUUUACUGUGUUAUUACACAGAAACACAGGGAGUGCUGCCUUUAUAAUGCAUGUUUCCAGAUUUGUAUACUGCUGUGUCAUUUGUUUUGUUUAUGAAAAUUUUCCAAUAAAACAGAUCAAACACA